AUGGCUGGCGAAGUUGUUGUAGAUGCGUUACCAUACUUUGAUCAGGGCUACGAUGAUCCUGGUGUUAAAGAAGCAGCUAUUGCCCUCGUAGAAGAAGAAACUAGACGUUACAGACCUACAAAAAAUUAUCUUGAUUACUUUCCCACCCCUAACUAUCAUGCUUUUGAGACAGAAAUUAUUAAAAAUGAAAUGGAAAGAGUUCAGGCACGUCUACCAAUGGACAUGAUGAGCAUGAAGAGGUACGAGCUGCCAACCCCACCAGCUGGUAAGAUGACGGACGUCUCAGCCUGGCAGGAGUGUGUGGACAACUCACAGGCCCAGCUGGAGCACCAGUCCCUGAGAAUCCUCAACCUGGAACUCAUGUCAGAAUAUGGCUCGGCUGCUUGGCGCUCAUACAACUCUGUGCUCACCAACAUGAUAGACCAGGCACAGAAACAUUUACAAGAUCUGAGGAAGAAAAUCCAAGAAAUCAACUGGCAGCGUAAAACAGAGCAGACACAAGCUGGUGAAAAGUUGAGAGACCUAGAAACCAGCUGGGUCGGACUUGUCAGUAAAAACUAUGAGAUAGAACGGGCAUGUGCAGAGUAUGAGAAGGAGAUUCAAGAAGAGGACAUGAAACAAGCAAGGAGGGGGAGGAAGAGGUUGCAUGAAGACUCUUGAGUGUUGUGUUCAGUUGUUUUUUUAUUGUUGUUGGAGGUCAAUGUGUGUUGUGUAAUUGGUUGAGAGAGUCUAAAUGUAGCAGAGAUGUCUUUGAAGUGUGUACAAUAUUGAAGGUGAUGUGUUUUAGAAUGAUUGUUAUUUGACUGCUGUUGUGUGGGUUUGGCUAGUUGUGAGAUGUGUGUCUGACAGUAAGCUUGUGUGUGUGUUGUGGAACAUGAUAGUCAUCUCUAAACCAUCUUUUGUUGAUACAUCAAGUUUUAUAAAAAUCACCAAA